UAAUUUCGCAUUUCACGGUGUCAAUCUGUAGCAGACGAAUUGUUACUGAGUAUUAUAACAACCGCUCAUUGACAUCUGAGGGUAAUCCGCCGACAUGACUUCAAAGGGAUUACCUGUGGAACAUCAAAGAGAUUAAGUCGGUAUAGAUGAAAGGGAUGUAUGAUGAGUGAUAUUGUCAGGUGGUAAAGGUAAGAGGAAAGUUUUUACCUUUCUCAAUGACGACACGAGAAAUAGACAUGGAGGUGGUGGUGGCAAAAAUCAUCUCUCUCCUCCUCAUCACCACUUUCUCCGUUCUUGCUGGGUUAUCCCCCCUUCGACUCAUGAAAAACGUACCGAAAGUUUUAAACCAGCACAAGGAAACGGUGGAAUAUGUUUUGUGUGGAUUAAGAUGCUUUUCGGGCGGAUUAUUUCUAGCCACGUGCUUUCUGCACCUGGUUCCUGAUACCAUCGCAAAGGUGGAAGCCGUGAUGAGAAACUUGGGUUCCCGGUCGACGUUCGCCGUCGCCGAACUUCUUAUAAUGGCGGGGUUUUACGCCGUGGUGUUCGUGGAACAAAUAAUUCAACUUUUAUACGUUCGUGCUCUCACUUACGAGGAUUCUGAAGAAAAAACGAACCAGUGUGAUAGAAAUAAUCUAAACAAUAGUGAAGACCAUUUUAACAUCAAUUCAAAUCAUUUAUCAGACACAUUCGAUGGAGUGAGUUUAAAUUCGCUGCCGUUACCAAAUCACACGGACCACGUGCUAGAAGACAUGGAUAAAAUUGAAGUUAUCCCGGAAACGGUGGAUUAUGAGAUCGAAUCAACGCCUCUUCAGGAACUGGAGGUUAAAAAAGUAGUGAGUGAACUAAGUAAAGGUGACGUCACGAAUGGCGGUCAUUAUCGUUCUAUUAUAUAUCUAAUGGCGCUGGCGUUUCACGGAAUUUUUGAAGGAAUGGCACUGGGUUUACAAAGUGUCGAGAAUCACGUCUGGAGUUUGUGUUUCGCCAUCAGUGUACAUCGAUGUGUUCUUGCUUUUAAAUUAGGAAUGGAUUUAUGUUCUACGAACGAAAAACAAGGAACGGCAUUUUUAUGUGUCGGUACUUUUACUUUGAUUUCUGCUGUCGGUAUUGUGAUCGGUACCGUCAUAUCGUCAGGCGCCAUGUUGUAUGAUGACGUCAGCGUACCGGACGCCAUUUUACAAAGCCUAGCAACCGGAACAAUCAUUUAUAUCAUAUUUUUCGACAUUUUAUUUAAGGAUUUAGAAGGACAAGGUGAUUUAAAAAGGAUUUCAUGUUCGUUUGUUGGCUUCACGCUCAUGGCCAUUAUAUUUGCUAUUACCCAAAGUUGAAAUUAAAUUGUUUGUAAACUACA